CGGCAAGAGGGCGGGGCUAGGGGACCUGGCCCUCGGCGUUCCAGAGGGUGGGGAGGGGGCAAGUGUCAGUCAGGACUGGAUCCCGGCGGGAUACAGAGGAGAUCUCGGUGGCAGACAGGGGGCCCGGGCUGCUGCGUGUUGUCCACCCAAGAUGGAGUUCCUCCUGGGGAACCCGUUCAGCACCCCAGUGGGGCAGUGCCUCGAAAAGGCAACAGAUGGCUCCCUGCAAAGUGAGGAUUGGACGUUGAAUAUGGAGAUCUGUGAUAUCAUCAAUGAGACGGAGGAAGGGCCAAAGGAUGCCAUUAGAGCCCUAAAGAAGCGGCUCAACGGGAACCGGAACUACAGAGAGGUGAUGCUGGCAUUAACAGUGCUGGAGACAUGUGUGAAGAACUGUGGCCACCGCUUCCACAUCCUUGUGGCCAACCGAGAUUUCAUCGACAGUGUUCUGGUCAAAAUUAUCUCUCCCAAGAACAACCCUCCCACCAUUGUACAGGACAAAGUGCUUGCUCUGAUCCAGGCAUGGGCUGAUGCCUUUCGAAGUAGUCCUGACCUCACCGGUGUUGUGCACAUAUACGAGGAGCUGAAGAGGAAAGGGGUUGAAUUUCCCAUGGCAGACUUGGAUGCUCUGUCUCCCAUACACACACCACAGCGGAGCGUCCCAGAAGUGGAUCCAGCCGCGACCAUGCCCAGGUCCCAGUCACAGCAGAAGACAAGUGCUGGUUCCUAUUCCUCGCCACCUCCUGCUCCCUACUCCGCACCACAGGCCCCCGCUCUGAGUGUGACUGGCCCCAUCACAGCCAAUUCAGAACAGAUUGCCAGGCUGCGGAGUGAACUGGACGUCGUUCGCGGAAACACAAAAGUCAUGUCUGAGAUGUUAACAGAAAUGGUCCCUGGACAGGAGGAUUCAUCUGAUCUGGAGCUGCUGCAGGAGCUGAACAGGACCUGCCGGGCCAUGCAGCAGCGUAUUGUGGAGCUCAUCUCCCGUGUGUCCAACGAGGAGGUCACGGAGGAGCUGCUUCAUGUGAACGACGACCUCAACAACGUUUUCCUUCGAUAUGAGAGGUUCGAACGAUACAGGUCUGGCCGAUCGGUUCAAAAUGCCAGUAAUGGAGUCCUGAAUGAAGUGACGGAAGACAACUUAAUAGACCUGGGGCCAGGGUCUCCAGCCGUGGUGAGCCCCAUGGUGGGGAACACAGCACCCCCAUCUUCCCUCUCCUCCCAGCUUGCAGGCUUGGACUUGGGGACAGAGAGCGUCAGUGGCACCCUCAGUUCACUCCAGCAAUGUAACCCCCGUGACGGCUUUGACAUGUUUGCCCAGACGAGAGGAAACUCCUUGGCUGAGCAGCGUAAGACGGUAACCUAUGAGGAUCCGCAGGCUGUCGGAGGGCUUGCUUCUGCACUAGACAGUCGAAAACAGAGCUCAGAAGGGACUUUUCUCUCCUCGGCCCAGAAGAGAGGUAGAGGUGGGGACUCUGACCUGGAACCCAUAGACAGCUGGCUCAUAACCCAAGGAAUGAUCCCCGUUGCGCAGCCCUCUGUCAUGGACGACAUUGAGGUGUGGCUCAGGACGGACCUGAAGGGCGACGACCUGGAGGAGGGUGUCACAAGUGAAGAGUUUGACAAAUUCCUUGAAGAAAGAGCCAAAGCUGCUGAAAUGGUUCCCGACCUCCCCUCGCCCCCCAUGGAGGCUCCUUCCCCGGCCUCAAACCCUUCUGGCCGGAAGAAACCUGAGCGGUCUGAGGAUGCCCUCUUCGCCCUGUGAGCGGGGCUGUGGUUUGCCUCCCCAGAUGGCGGGUCCCCGCCCACACCCUCUGGACACCAGGCACUGGCCACUCCUCCAUCCCCAGCUCCACAGGGCCUGCACACCCGUGUCUCCAUGGAAAAGCCACCGUGUCUGCUCCCAGGCCUCCCACUAGUCAGGACCAGCUUUAGCCACCUUCUGUUCUCUGAGUGGUGGGACAGCUACAGACAGAGACUCCCACCCCUCCCACCACGGGCCCCUCUGCCCAUGUUUCCUCCCAGGAAGGGCGGGCAGAGCGGCCCAGCCCCAAGCAGGGCAGCCCUGCCCCAAGCAGGGCAGCCCCUUGGCAGUGCUUCCUGAGCAGACCAGCGGGACUGUCUUUCCUCCACCUGCCCACAGAGAACGAGCAGGCCUGGCCCCGCCCUGCGCUCACCUCUGCCUGGCUCAGCAACCUUCUCAGGCACCCUCGCUCCUGUGCCCCUCUCUCCCCAAAGGGGCUUGGUGGCACUUCUGGAAGAGCAGGGUGUGGCUGCGCCCAUGGGCUGGCCUCCCUUCUUGGACUUGUCACCUUGUGACGCUUGGCUUUUUGGCAUUUGAGAAGGUUCUGUCGGGUGUCCACGGAGGGGGGGUGCUUCUCACCUUCUUGACCCUCUCUCUGUCACUCAGCUGCUAGCCCAGGCCUCACACUCGAGCUGGCUCAGUAGCCAAGCCUGGUACCAAGGAGCUCUGCAGGCUCCCAGGGCAGGGAGAGGGCGAAGGGCGAUUGGGAGGGCAGCAGGCAGCCCACAGAUGGUGGCCAUGUGGCACGCUGCUGGGACAACACUACCAAGAAACCAAACUGCCACGUGCACACCGCAGGCCCACACGCACACACCUGGCCCUGGCUUGCGGAGGGGCUUGUCUUGGAGGCGGUGCUCGGGCUUGCCUGGGGAGGUGUCUCGGGUGUGCACAUGGGCCACACUCAGGGCUGUGGCCUGGCCCAUCGCAGCCUCGCGCCUCUGCCUCCAGAGCCAGCAGCAGACAGCUUUGUGACAUGCUUGGAGGUUCCAAAUGACAGAGAGGCCCGAGCAGCACUGAGGCCCCUGCCCUGCUCCCUGGCAUAGGCCUGGGCCUACUUGCACAGACUCCUGCCAGCCUGGCCACAGCUUACACUCUCCCCACAAGCUGAUCCUGAAGGCAGACAGAGCUUAGGGCUGAGCAGCUAGGGGCUGGUAACAUGUACUCCCACCCCGUGUCCUCACUGGUGUGUCUCCUGGCCAUGGGCAAGGGACUCAUGGGUCAUGCUAGGCCCUGGUCCAGCCAGACACCCCCACACUUCCCACCAAGCUGCUGUUGCUCAGAAGGAGAAAUCUGCAGCUGUGCGCACCCCUGUGCGUCUCAGGCCCAGCUCGCUGGGUCAGUGUGCUCCUGUCCCCUCCAGCAUGCACUGCCUAGGUCAGCACGGGUUCCCCACCCGUAGUGCAGUUAGCCCUACCCACGUGGCAGGACAGGCCAGACCACCAGCUGAGCAGGGAAAGGGGGCUGGGCUUGACAGGAGAAGAGACCAGUGACACGGUCUUUGGGGAGCAUUUAGGAUGGUGACUUCAGCUCGGGGCUGUGCUGAGCACAACAGGAACGUUCAGUGGAGAGCAGGCACUGCCCGCCCCAGGACCCUGUGCCAGGCCAGCGGCCCUCCAGCUUCCUCCAGAGAGAAGACCUCGGUCUGGCUGAAGGCAGGACUAGCUGGGAUGUCACACUGUAGUUCCUCGGGUUCAGCCAGGAAGCUCCUCUGUGGAGACUGGCCAGCCUGAUUCCACCCCUGUCCUCUCUGGCAGCACAUGCCACACCUGGCCCCUUGGCUCCCUGGUGCUUGGUCAGCCCCCGCCCCUCUCCUCAAUGUUUCUCAAAGGCAGAACCCCCGAGGCCAGCUUGAAUGUGCAGACUUCUGAGGUCGGCUGGUUUCACUCCAGCUGCGGAGAAGGCGGCUGGCUGCCUUUGGGUUGUCUCUGAGGCCUUGCCAGAGCUGGGCCUGCGGGUGGUGGGUGGCCGAACCUCAGGCAGCCAUUGCUCCGCAGCCUCAGCACUGCAGCCCAGACCCAGUGUCCUCAGAGGGAAGAGCCAGCCUCCCUGCUUCAUGAAACAGGAAGUCCCGGAAGGUCAGGAGCCUGGAGGCUCUAAAAGGAACAGGGCUUCUGCAGUGUGUGAAGCUGAGACAGGUGCCCUCCUGGGGAGCCCCCAGUCACCCCGUGGGUACCUGUUCUUCAUACCCACACCCAGAGCUGCCCCACCCUAGCACCAGUGCCAGUGCCAGGGGCAGCAGGGAGUGGUGGAUCCCUAUGGGCUGGCAGGAGGUCAUUGGCCAUGCUGACAAGUGUCACCUGCCUUCCUGGUCUGGAGCUACCCCUCGGGUGGCUUUCAAGCACCUACUUGCACCUCCUGUCCAGAGGUAGCCUGCCCCACCUGUAGACAGAGGGGCCAUGUGCUCGAGGCCCGCACAGGAGGCAAGUAUAGCCCCGGUGCCCCAGAGGGGGUUCUGCUCAGCCCUGGCGAGAUGUCCUAUCCCAAGGCCUCUGCUCCCACUCCCCACCAUCUGGGGAGCACAGCCCCCAGGCUGCCUGGUCCAGGAAGGGGGCGCAGCCCUGCUGGGAAACCUGGACUCUCAAGGGCCACCAGCCUCUCCAUGAGUGUUAGAAGCCACAGAUACAGUAUAUACUUAAUUACACUAAAUUAUUGCUGGGAUUCCUCAUAAGCACUAAUUAUACCUGAUUAUAGGUUAAAAUAUUUAUUUUGUCAAAAUAUUUUCUUGGGAAUGUGUUUAACCCUUUCUGUGUUCAUUGUGUGCUGAGAUGUGAAAACUAACCAUUCCCUCCUGCCUACCUGUUUGGCCAGUGGGCAGCAGAGAAUGGCACUUUGUGCAGUUUGGCUGCUGGCACCGUGGGCUUUUGGCCCGCCUGCGGCAGAGUGGUCCCUACCAGGGCAGCCCCCAGGCACUGAGCAGGCUGGCUGUGUCCAGGCUGGGAGAAUGACCGGCUGGCUUACCACUGUGCAUGGGACAAGGAGCUCUGGAGCCUCAGGGGGUUGCUGCUGGCCUGGGCCAGAGGGAAAGGUGACCAUCCGUCUGUCCUGUCUUUCUGUCUUUUAGCGCCUCCAUGUGAGUGAUGGUGCCUUGGUUCACUGGCCUUCCCCCACCGCCCCACCCCACCACCCCGUGGUCUUGGGGCCUGUGCUGUCACUCCAGCCACUGGGGAGGAGAGGCCCCAGGCUGGAGAGUUGGGGCAAGGACUCCAAAUGGCCCAGGGGCAGCAGACGUUGACAGGGCAGCUGCUGCUGAUGCCCACGCUCCUGCCCGCCUCCUUCCCGCUGCCACACCCCACUUUGGGCCCCGCACACACACAGCUGACUCAGUCGGGCCCAGCCUCCUGGAUGGCUCGGGGUAGGCCAUGGGUCUUCCUAGGGCCAGGCCAGCCCUGGGCAGCACUCCUCCUCAGGAGGAGCAGUGUGGAGGAGUGCUUGCUUGCAGCCUGGCCUCAGCCUCUGGCACUGCUGGGGUGGCCUGGGAGCCUCUCCACUGUCGGCUGUGGGGAUGUCUGACCCACUUGGGUUACAGCCAGUCUUCCCCACCCAGAAAGAAGUGUUUCCACCUCAGAGACAUUGCCUGUCAGCCCCUGAAGUGCUCGCCUCCCCUCUCCCAUGCCUGUCUCCAGCCCUUCCUGUCUGUGGGGUCCACGUCAGGCUUCCCCUGCAGCCACCAGCCGCAGGGAGCAGGCGUCAGCCCGACUCAGAACUGCUUCUGUCUGUCCAUACCUUCAGGCUCUCCCAGAGAGCGGGGUGGAUAUUUAUUUCCUAAAGUUUGCACUUAAUUUGUGAGAAUUCUCAGGAUUGUCGGGGGCUACUGAAAAGAGGAAUGUGCUGAAUGUUGCGUUUGCUGUCCACUCGUCCCAGAAGUUUAGUGUUCUUGUCACUGUCAUGUGUGUCUGUGGGCAGAGCUGGUUCUGGAGGGUGGGUCAGUGCACCCGAGGCUCAGAGCGUCCAUCCACCCCACUGGCCCUCCUUCCAGAUACCCUCUCUCUAGUUGGGUUCUUGCAUGUAAAAUACUCCACAAUAAAUAAAUAAUUGAACAAA